AUGGAGAGUUAUGGGGUGAUGUCAGCGCGACAGGAGGCUCCUCCAGCUGGACGCCUCGCGCUCUAUGACUCUGUGAUCUCUGUUUCUUAUAGGGGCCUCCAGGGGCCUCCAUGGGCCUCCAUGGGCCAGCUCCAGGACGGGGAGGGUGAGGAGAGGGUGAGGAGGAGUCUCACGUCAGUGGCUGGAGUGAGGCCAGGAGCACAGGGAGGGGGGGGGGGGGGGGGGGGGGGGAGGGGGGGGGGGGGGGGGGGAGGUAACAGACAGCGGGACAUGGAGAUGUUUGGGAGAGAAACAAGCCACAGGAGAAAUGUCAGAGGAAAGUACACUGAUCUAUAG